AUGACUCUUCAUGUACACGAGCGAUUUGAAGGUGAUGAGAAGGAUCCUUUCGUUGGUAUCGAUUUGAUCGAUGAACAAUACCUUUUUAUCUCCGUGAAGAUUAGGCUCUCUGACUUCAUAAUUGAAGAGGAUCGAAGUUGCUUAUCAUUGGACAACUUUGACGAUUGGGUACAUAUCUCGGUGCCCUACUCAUUCGAGCUAAGAGCAGAACCUUUUAAAGUUCAAGCAUUGACAGAAAAUGAUGUGAUUGUUUCAUUAGAGGAUGGUGCUCUUCUACAUUUUAAGAGACCGUCUUUCCUACAAAAUUUCGAAAUUUUCAAUUUUACUCGCCCUAAUGCGAAUCGAAGAGCUUUGAUGGGCGAUCUUUUUAGGAAGAAAGAAAAGUUCACUGGACUUUUGGGUGCUGAUGCGGUAUCAAACAUUGCAACGGUCGAUCGUCUGCGCUUCUUGACUCUCUCCUCCGAUAAGGCACUAACCUUAUACGACUGCCAACUCCAUUCAUCCAUUGAUCAGAACAAGAUGUUUGAGACCUCAAUACUUUCUAACGAAGUUACUCAGCUACCAAAAAAAUGCCUUAAAGUUCUAAAUACUGGAGCAACGUGGCUUCUGUUUAUGCUUGACCCAACACUUUCGAAAAGGGAUGGCUGUCCAUCUGUAACAAUUCAUGCAUUUGAACUCAAGAAUGCGUCUAAAAUCAUAACAGAAGAGAAAUUCUCCUUCGAUGUUGAGAUACCGUCAUACUCCAGUAAUCAGCUGCAUAGUAACGAGGUAUUUCAUAUCCAUGAUUAUUCGGUCCUUCAAUCAGGAGAAUACAUCAAGCAUCAGAUUCUUUGGAGGUAUAACAACUUGAACAUGUAUACCACUUACUUACAAGAUGUGUCUACGGGAAACGUGUUGGCCAAUCCUACCCAUAAUGCGGAUACGGAUGUCGACACCACAUUAUCCAAAUUUGAAACUCAUGACAUGAGCAAGAUUCGUGAAAUGAUCUGGAACUCUGGAAGGUAUGACGCAAACCUUCUUACCAAGGCAAACGAAGUUCUCUUCAAAAGCUUGGGUGUUGAAUUUUCGCCAACUUGUGACACAGUUUCUAAAAGCAAUCUUGAUAACAUGGUUGACUCUAUCAGCUCCUCCACAGGUGUCACAUUGUCAUCCAUAUGGUACAAAUUAUAUUUGAUUUGUGAAGAGUUCAGAAGGAGUGGUCAGAAACCAUUGUGCUUACAUCAGACGAAAGUGUCAACUUUUAUCAUUGAGGCCAACGGAGUGGGCGUGCUCAGAGAGCUGCAUUUUUUCGAGGAUUUCUCAGGUCAUCCAGCUAGUACAGCAUUGAAGGGCAUACUCAAAAUUGUCAGAGCUAGAAUAUCAUCAUCGGCUUUGAAUCAACUUCAAUUGUUUUUUGAGACUGCUUCGGAGUUUACCGAACGACAGAUUGGCGAAAAAGCGCAAGAUUUACUAGAGGGACGGUUCAAAGAGCAUGAAUUAGGGAUGCUUUUUGAGAAUCUCAAUGAGGAAACAUUUGAGUUAAUCGAAAAAUUGGUUUCGAAACCGUCUAAAAGUGAUAUUGAAGGCUGCUUCAAUUCCGAUGUGAAGCUCGAUGAUUUUACUCGGAUGUAUGCCAUCAAGACCUUUUUAAGCAUCAUCAACGCACAUCGUGAGAUACUAUUAGAGAUUGGGAGUAUCUUUCUCCUUUGUGAAGCUAAUCUGAAAGUGAUCAGUUCAUUGAACGCCAUUCGUCGCGCAAUGUUUCUCUAUAAGUUUCUCGAGUUUUCGUUUGGGAUAAGCUUUAAGCAGUCUGAUAAAAAGCAAGUUCAGACAGACUCUAUUGGAAGAAGUGGUCUAGCUCUUUUCUGGGAUUGCUUCAGAGAAGAAAAGCUGGUGUUUCAUCACAUAAGCGAGUAUCUGUUGAACGAUGCUUUCGACGCUGUACGAUAUGUUCUUGUCUCGAACAGUUUUGAGCAUUUGAUCAUAACAUUGAUUAUUCGACUUAUCAAUUGCGGUGAAUGGGAUUUGGCAAAAACCAAGUUUGUUGCGUUCUUAGACACUGAUAAUGUUGUACAGAAGUUUGUCUACGGUCUUGUGUGCCUUUUUACUGAUGAUUUGGUCACAUUUCAUGACAUCGUUGGGGACUUCGAGAAUUUUAGAUUGUUCUGCGAGUCUAAAACCUUUGUCAAGGCUCGCCCAUUGCUACAAGAGCUGUCCUUCUUGAAAUGUGUGCUUCUCGACGAGGCUUUCGAUUCCGAAAUAAAGGUGAAUCAAGCAGCGCUUUACAAUCACAAACUCUCUGAGAUGUGCGAGAAUUAUUCGGUGGCGCUUAGCAACUCAUAUGAGAAGCGCCAAGAGAUUAUUCGUCUUGGAGUCCGAUUUGAAGAGAAGGCUGUGAAUCUACUUGAUGAUUCUCCUCAAUUUGAUUAUCUUCGUCUCGAUUUCCAAAAGAAGCUUUUUUAUUUGUCCAUCCAGAUGCAUGAGUUUAAGGGUGCUAUCAGAGCUCUUGAGUCGUUACUGCAACGAAUGUCUGCUUUUGAACAAAGGUGUACCGUCCUCGCUUUACUUAGAGCAUUGAUAGAUAAUGAUAAGCAGGAUCUUUUGUUCGAAGCUCUGUGCGGUCUGUUUUGCGAAAGUCAUCGUUCGGUUGUGGAUAAAUUACUAUUGGAGGAGGCGAACGAAGACCUUGUGCUUUGGAGGGCGCUCAAAUCCUAUGAGCUUCUAUAUUCAUGGCGCCUUGGUGUAUUGACGCGAACGGAUUCGACCGCUUGUGGCGAUAAGCGCGGUGCAAGUGAGGCUCUCUAUAUAUUCAUCACAAGAUUUCGAAUGGAGAAGGAUGUGCUUAAAGAUGCCUCAAGAGCCAAUGACGAUUACAGAAAGUUCAAAUUGAAGGUUCUCGAGCUUUACAUGAUAAUCAUCAAUUGUCUCCAAUCAUUUGACGACUCAAGCGAAAUUUCGAGAUCAUGA